GUAGUUAGUUUACGUAAAAGGGACAGGUAAGCCACGGGUGACGGUACAGGUACAGAGGACACAACAUGGGCGUGACAACAUGGCUGGUUUUCUUGGCGUGUUUCUGUGCGAUACAAGGAAGUUUGGGAUCGUUUCAGAAACGUCGCAUAUCCGCGACGAUUGCUAAGAUGUUGCGAAGACUGGCCAGGAAACGAGUUAACCCAGCAUCAACUGCCUGGACCCCGUCCAUGCUAACCUCGACCAUUCCUACCUCGUACCCGACAAACUUUCCCACCGUCAAUCCAACAUCGCCCAACCCGAUCGACUUCUACCAGCACUGGGUCGAUUGUCCCGUCCUGGAAAGCAUACACGAACAGUAUUUCUGGGAAUUCCCCAAUACGGCGUUUCCAAAAGAUUCCAUGAACAUUUCCCCCGAGGAGAUGCGACCAGUGAUGACCAGGGGGGUGUCUGCGUUUGACUAUAUGAAGAACGUGCGCGUGGCUAUGGACCUGAUGAUUGAGGACACGGCCAGACUGAUCAUGGACAAGCGUGUAAACUGUACCACCACCAUGUACCAGAGAGUAUUCGUGUACUACAUGAGGCGACGACUUGACCAGAUGAUGUCGCCACGUGACACCUCCCUUAAAAGCCGUAUCGAAGUCAUACUGAACCAGUACUUCCCAAACAAUCCCGACAUCCUCAGCCGCUCGGGAGAACUAGUGUGGGGAGUCCACUACGUCGUGCACGAGUCCUUCAUUCAUACCUUACAGGAAGAGAUGUUCCGAAGUCUUGGUUGGUUUUUACGGGAUUACAAAUGGGUUAUUCCAUCUUUCCUGGAGCGAUUCCACAGAGGCGAAUUCGCAUCCAUCGAUGACGUGACGUCACAGAUGGUGAAUGAUUUCUUCAGCUUUGGUGCGAUCUACCCAGACGCAUUCCGUUGUACAACGCCGCAAGAAUUCAUUCAUCUGCACACGAGGGUUGCGAACAGGACGGUAAACAAUUACUGGCAGACUCGCAAGUCCGGACUAACCGUGGCGUUCCUCACCAAUCACCUCCAGGAGGUUUUUAGCAUGCCCCACGCUCCCUCUCCUGUGAAACUUGACCCCUUGGUUGUGGACGAGGCCAUUCAGAAGUUGGUGACGGUCAUACUUGGAUACAUGAACGAUACGAUGGUGGAGCUAGCUACGUAUGAAGGAUAUUUAGCAUCAGCAACUCUGUCCCCGCCCACCUUCAUGGCCAGCAGUCUCAGUGACGUACAAUGGAACACGACAGUGAUGCUGUUUUACCGGAUGUUCCCUAACAGUCCGCUCCCUCCCAUUGGAACGGUAUCUCCAGGAUGAAGUCCCUGAUGCCAACUACCUGGGACUCGGAUCAAGAAUACACCACGAUUUAGAAAGAACUGGAUAAUAUGAUACACGAAAAGGGGGUGUUCAUUAACGGCGUACCGGCGGCCGGUUUCUACGGGAAGUAGGGGGCGCUGUCGAGUACCAAUAAUGAACGGUGCUGUCUGGAUUUGUUAAUUGUUUGUUAGAAAACUUCGUUGAAUUUCGUUAAAAUUGACACUAUAAUUCGUUUUUUCUUGUUACAUUUAUGCAUAAUAAAUUUUAAGAUAUUG